AUGCGAACAUACAGUCGUAAAACUAAGAGGCCUGUACUUCUUGAGGGUGUUUUAGAACUGUGCCGGCUUUGUCUUAAUAAAGUGACUACACCAACACCAAUUUACAAUGAUGACGAUCAAUCGUACUGUUUGCCUUUACCUAUGAGAAUUUUGACGUGCCUUGGUUUCGAGAUAACUAAAGAUGAGGGUUUACCUAAUAUCAUAUGCUCACAGUGCCUUGAAGACUUAAACAAAUUCUAUAAUUUUAAAAAGAAAUGUAUACUUGCAUAUAAAAAGUUAAAAUCCCAUUACUUGGCUGUGAAACAGAAGGAAAAUCCAAAAAUUGAAUAUGAAGAACUUUUAGGAUCUUGUAAUCUUGAAUCUGAUAUUAUAUCAAAUGAAGAGGUACAGAAUAGCUUUGAUGAAAAUGAAAUUGUCUUGUCUUUGACAGAGGAAGAUUCUCUUGAAGUAAUUAAUAUAUUUAAAACUGAAGAACAACUAACGGAGCAGGUUGAAAAGGAUGAAGAAGUGCAAAUUGAUACAACUCAGAACAACAAUGAUAGCCUAAAUUUUUUAAAUUCAACUCCAGCGCCGUCUAUUCCAUUUGUUCCGGAGGAUGUAUCAAACUUCUUAUCAACAAUUCUACUACAAUUGGGUGUACUCACUAAAGAUAAUGACCAAAUAGCUGUUGUCAAUCAAACAUUCAAAAAUGUACAACUUGACACAAAUGAUGGCUCUGUAACAUUGGAACUUGUGGAAGAAGACGAGGAUCCGCAAUUGAUACAAACUCAUCUUAAACAAGAACCCAAAAAAGAUAAUAUUAAAAAUGGCUCCGUUAAUUAUGUAUAUGAUGCAAAUAAGGGUUUAGUCCCCAUGGGUAAGGAAAUUUGCAGUACUUGUGGCAAAAGGUAUUCAACGCGGGCUGCGUUGGCUCGGCACCAAUAUAUUCACUCAGGCGUUCGCCCCUUCACCUGUGAAGUGUGCAACCGAGCAUUCAACCAGCGGGAUAUACUCAGACGACAUAUGCUAGUUCACGAACAAGAGCGGCCAUUCCAAUGUCGGUCGUGUGCGAGAGGAUUCACUCAGCGUGCUGCUUUACGUUCGCACGAACUGACUCACAUGCCUGGCCGACUCAUGUCCUUACACCGGUGUCAACUUUGUCCAAAGAUGUUCCUACACGCUUCAGGUCUAAGUCGUCAUCAAGCCACGCACGCAAAUCGAACGUACGCGUGUGACUCGUGUUCGCGACCAUUUAACGAUUCGAGCUCGCGUAACCGGCACAUGAAGAUUUGUAAAAAGAGGCCACGUUCAUAG